UUGACCAUGUUGUUCCUGAACCUGGGACCAGCCUGCUGACUGCCUUUGACCAGUGGAGAGAAUGGGCAGAUAGCAAGUCUUGCUGUGACUACUCCCUGCAUGUGGACAUCACAGAGUGGCAUAAAGGAAUCCAGGAGGAGAUGGAAACCCUGGUGAAGGACCAUGGCGUCAACUCCUUCCUAGUGUACAUGGCCUUCAAGGAUCGCUUCCAGCUCACGGAUUCCCAGAUCUAUGAGGUCCUGAGCGUGAUCCGGGACAUCGGCGCCAUCGCCCAGGUUCACGCCGAAAACGGCGACAUCAUCGCGGAGGAGCAGCAGAGGAUCCUGGAGCUGGGAAUCACCGGCCCUGAAGGCCACGUCCUGAGCCGGCCCGAAGAG